AUGGUGAGAGCCUAUUAUUUGGAACAAGCUGAUAAAUCAGUAUCUUUGGAAGAAUUGGAAUCAACCAUCGGAGUCAUGUAUACCUACAUUGAUCAUCACGAUUAUGAAGGCCGUAUUCAAGAAAUUUGUAAGGAACGUGGAUACGGACAUCGUUCCAUGGUCUAUUUGUUUAAAGAAAAGAUGCCAAAUAUUGAUGAAAUGUUACCAAAAUUCUUUGAAGAACAUGUUCAUGAAUUUGAAGAAAUUAGAUAUAUUGUUGAUGGAAGUGGAAUUUUCGAUGUCCGAGAUAAACAAGAUGAAUGGAUCAGAAUUCAUGUGGAGGCUGGUGAUUUGUUGGUUCUUCCUGCAGGAAUUUAUCAUAGAUUUACGUUGGAUGAGAAGAAGUAUGCAAUUGCCAUGCGUUUGUUUUUGGAGACUAUGGCUGAGCCUGUAUGGACUCCAUUCAAUCGUAAUUUGGGAACUAUUGAAGAGAUGCCAUGUAGAAAGACCUAUGUGGACAAGUUCAAUUUGUCUGUGAAGGCAAUUUAA